AUGGCUAAUAAUUCCGCCUCAGAUUCCCGUCACGUCCUCUCCCUCAUGCCUCCUUUCCAGAUCUCCAAAGAUGCUCAAGGUUCUGACAGUUCAAUUCCGCUUUCACCACAGUGGCUUCUGCCAAAACCAGGCGAGAGUAAGCCUGGAGUGGGAACUGAGGAAAGCUCCCCACUUCCAGCUUACAUUCGCUCAGAUAGCAUGAAGACAUCAGGAAACGCCGAGGAGAUGCAUGAGCAGAAGAAAAAGGAUGUUUUUCGGCCUUCAUUGCUUGAUAUGGAAACUGGUCGCCGUGAUCGUUGGCGUGAUGAGGAAAGAGACACCAAUUCCUCCUUGCGCAAAGAUCGCUGGAGAGAUGGAGAUAAAGAGGUUGGUGAUAGCCGGCGGAUGGACCGCUGGAUGGAGAAUUCAUCCACCAGACACUAUGAAGCACGCCGUGCUCCUUCCGAGCGCUGGACUGAUUCAAGCAAUAGGGAUACUAAUUAUGAUCAGCGGCGUGAGACCAAAUGGAACACACGUUGGGGGCCUGAUGACAAGGACACUGAAGGUUUGCGUGAGAAGUGGACUGACUCUGGCAGAGAUGGUGACACAACAUUUGAAAAGGGGCUGUCCCAUCAUUCUAGUCAUGGAAAAGAUGAACGGGAGGGUGAUCAUUCUCGGCUGUGGAGAUCUAACUCAUCACAAGGUCGAGGGAGGGGAGAGUCUCCUCAUCACCAAACUCUAACGCCAAACAAACAGGUUCCAACCUUUUCUUAUGGCCGAGGACGUGGGGAGAAUACUUCAACGUUUUCACUUGGUCGUGGAAGGUUUAGUUCUAGUGGAAUCUCCAUGAACAACAUUUCCACUAAUUCCCAAUAUUCAGGAGCUAUUUCAGACAAAGGUGAAAGUGGCCCUUUAAGAUAUAGUAGGACUAAAUUGCUAGAUGUAUACAGGACGACUGACAUGAAAUCACGCCAAUUAUCAAAUGGUUUUGUGCAAGUGCCUUCUCUUACACUGGAAGAAUCCUUGGAGCCACUGGCACUUUGUGCUCCUACUGCUGAGGAAAUGGUAGUUUUAAAGGGAAUUGACAAAGGGGAGGUAGUAAGCAGUGGUGCACCUCAGAUAUCAAAAGAAGGAUCUCUUGGUCGGAACUCAACAGAUUCUACACAACCAAGGAGAGCCAAGAUUGGCGGUAGAGAAGAUGCACCACAUUCUUUUGAUGAUGGUAAAGAUGAAAGUGUCGACAAUUCGAUGGGGGGUGGUCAUGGAACGUAUUCUGAUGGAUUGUCUCAUGAAAGACAGACACAAUAUCACGGGUCGAGCUCAAAAUUGGAAAUGAUGCAGGAACAUAAGAUGUAUACUGAUAACAAGUUCAAAGCUGAAGCUUUUAGAGAAACCAGUCCUUACAACAAAGCUGACGAGGCGCCUAUAAGUAGGGAAUUGGCUGUGGAGGGAAAUACUUCUGCUCAUUUUGGAACUCCAUCUCCUUGGCGAGCCCCAUCAUUGGUAGAACAGUUGAAUACUGUCUCACAUGACUGGAGGGAUGUUUCAAAUGAUUUCAGGCCAAAGGCUGCUGAUAUGGCCCGGAAUCAACCCCAUAAAGACCCUGAAAAUCCAUGGGAAAGUAAUUUGGCCAAUCCUUCAUUUUCAAGAGAUGAAGCAAAAUGGAAGACCAAUGAGGACCCCAUUAUUAAUAGGCAGUCAUCUGCUGUUCUGGACAGGGAACAAGAAGUUAAGAAGUUUUCUCAGCCCUCUCCCGAGAACCUGGUUCUUUAUUAUAAGGAUCCUCAGGGUGAAAUUCAAGGUCCCUUUUCUGGCAGUGAUAUCAUUGGAUGGUUUGAGGCUGGAUUUUUUGGCAUAGAUUUGCAAGUUCGGCUGGCAAAUGCAUCAAAGGACGCACCUUUUUUAUUGCUUGGUGAUGUCAUGCCUCAUUUGCGAGCCAAGGCAAGGCCACCGCCUGGGUUUGCUGGGACGAAACAGAAUGAAUUCACUGACACAUCUAGCAGGCCAAAUGUUAGCAGCUUUGGAAACUUGCAUUCCAGCUUAAAUGAGCUUGAUAUUAUAAGAAAUGAUCCAAGGUCUAAACCAGGUUCGACAACAGAAGCUGAAAACCGAUUUUUGGAGUCACUGAUGUCUGGAAACAUGGGUGCUUCAUCCCAAGGUUCUCAUGGAAUCACUGGAAAUAGUUCUGGUGGUAUGCCACCAUUGGGAGUUGAAGGUGGGAAUGAUCUACACCUGUUGGCAUUGAAAAUGGCACUUGAACGGCAGAGAUCGUUACCCAGUCCUCAUCCAUAUUGGUCAGGAAGAGAUGCUCCAUCCAUGGUUUCAAAGUCAGAAGUUCACUCAGACUCCCCGAUGCAACAUGCAAAACUCCUACCCUCAUUGGGUGACAAUCCACAUCAGCCUCCCCAUUCUCAAAAUGCAGAUUUGAUGUCCAUCCUUCAAGGCCUAUCUGACAGGCCUGUCUCUGGCAUAAAUAAUGGUGUUACCGGUUGGUCAAAUUUCCCUGUCCAGGGCAGUGUGGAUCCACUUCAGGAUAAGAUUGACUUGCAUCAUGCUCAGAGUUUUCCUCCACAACCACUCUUUGGGCAACAACAGAGACUGCAGCUGCAGAACCCACCUUUAACAAACCUACUCGGUCAAGCCAUAGAUAACACAUCUGGUAUUUUGACACCUGAAAAAUUGUUGUCCUCAGGUUUACCCCAGGAUCCACAGUUACUCAACAUGUUGCAACAGCAGUACUUGCUGCAGUCACAAUCCCAGGCUCCUCUUGCCACACAGCAGCUUUUGUUGUUGGAUAAGCUUUUGUUACUCAAGCAGCAGCAGAAACAGGAGGAGCAUCAACAGUUGUUGCGGCAACAACAGUUACUUUCCCAAGUUAUGUCAGAGCACCAUUCUCAUAAGCGUUUAGGUGAGCCAUCUUAUGGACAGUUACAGACUGCUGCAAUAGCGACAGGAAAUGCAUUGGAUCCUUCUCUGCUGCAGCAAUCCAAAGAAUUGUUUCCAAUUGGUCCUCAGUUGCCAGUUUCAAAUGUGCAAGAUGAACACAGUACUAAUUUCUUGAAUUUGCCGCCUCAAGUUACCCAUGAUGUCACUUAUAACGUCAAUUCUGAAGCAUCUUCUCUCCAUCUUCCGCAUCAAAUGCUUGGGAAUGUCAAUCUUCAAAAAAGCUGGGGUACAGUUCCUGGAAAAGUAGGUGAUAUCCAUCAGAAAGAUUCCUUGCCAGCAUCACAAUUUGUUGAUAGCUCAUCCUUGCUAGGGUUGAUGAACAAAUCUUCACAGCAGUCUUCUCUUGCACCUGAACCUGUCAUCUCUGCUGAUUUCCAUGUCCCUCUUUCGCUGGGCCGUACAUUAGAAGUUCCUUGGAGAACUGAAGAAAGUGCAAAGGUUUUGGCAUCUGGGGUUAUUGCAGAUUCUGUUCAUCAGAAUUCUCUUGGAACCUCUGAUCCAAUAGCAUUAGCAGGAACUGGUGAGAAUGCAAUUUCAAAGCCUGAACAUUCCCCUGUUCUAAAAGUUGAACUAGAUAGCGCACUUGAUGAGCAGCAGGUUGAUAUAGAUCGAUACAAUACCGAGCCUUGUGUGGCAACAGAAGUGAAGAACAUUGAAACUCGUGAGGUAAGGAAAGCUUCUGAGAAGAAAUCCAGAAAGCAAAAAUCUGCCAAGUCAAACUCCUCUGACCAGGCAAAGGGAGCAUUGAAGGCUUCCUCUUUGCAGCAAUCAAAGCAAUCUGAAAAUGAGGGGCCAAAUGCUGAUCACACCAGAUUUGGAACAGGAGAAAAUCUUUCUGGAACAUCUCAAAAGGCAAUAGACAGCAAGUUUGGGACUUCUGCAGAAGUUGUGGAUUCUCAGCGGGUUACAAGCUUGUCCCCUGCAAUCAAUUCUGGAGAUGAUGUGGGAGCCACAGAAGUAAAGGGUGAAUCUAAACUGGUUGGGUCUGUGUCAGUGAAUGGUACGCAGAUGCAAUCAAGUCAGCGUGCUUGGAAACCUGCUCCUGGUUUCAAACCAAAGUCAUUGUUGGAAAUUCAACAGGAAGAACAAACGAAGGCUCAGGUUGGCAUGGCAGUUUCUGAGAACAGCACUUCUGUCAACCAUGCUAGUUCAUUGACUCCUUGGGCUGGGGUUGUGGCCAGUUCAGACCCAAAAAUUUCUAGAGAGACUCAGAGAGAAGCAAGUAAUAUUGAGAUAAAUGUAGGAAGAGCAGAAAUUUCACCAUCUUCAAAGAGCAAGAAAAGCCAGUUGCAUGAUCUGUUGGCAGAAGAAGUUUUUGCAAAGUCUAAUGAUAGAGAGAUGGAAGCUUCUGACUCCUUAUCUAGCCUGACUACUCAACAAGUCACAGCUACCAGUGUGGAAUAUAUAGAUGAUGGAAACUUCAUCGAGGCUAAAGACACUAAAAAGAGUCGCAAAAAGUCUUCUAAAGCGAAGGGUGCUGGAGUUAAGGCAGCAGUGCCUGUACCUUCUACUGAAAUGGCUGUUAGUUCAAGUGCUGUCGAGAAAGGGAAAGGCUCUCGUUCUGUGCAGCAGGAGAAGGAAGUAUUACCUGCAAUUCCAUCGGGCCCUUCUUUGGGAGAUUUUGUUUUUUGGAAGGGAGAGCCAGCCAACCAUUCUCCUUCUCCAGCAUGGUCUGCUGAAUCCAAGAAGCUUUCGAAGCCCACAUCUUUAAGAGACAUCCAAAAGGAGCAGGAGAAAAGGGUCACUUCUGUCCAGCCUCAGAAUCAAAUACCAAUUCCUCAAAAACCUCAGCCGACUCAAGCCACCCAUGGAAGUGGCUCUUCAUGGUCACUUUCUGCAUCUUCUCCGUCAAAGGCUGCUUCUCCUCACCAGAUCAAUUCCCGUGCUUCUUCUCAAUCAAAAUACAAAGGAGAUGAUGAUCUAUUUUGGGGCCCAAUUGAUCAAUCUAAGCAGGAGCCUAAGCAGUCAGAAUUCCCUCAUCUUGCGAGCCAGGGCAGUUGGGGAACCAAAAAUACUCCUGUAAAAGCAGCCCCUGUUGCUUCAUUAGGGAGACAGAAAUCCGUGGGUGGCAGGCCUGCAGAGCAUUCUCUUUCAUCCUCACCUGCUGCUACUCAGUCAUCUGUUAAAGGGAAAAGAGAUACAAUGAGCAAGCAUUCAGAGGCCAUGGACUUCAGAGCUUGGUGUGAGAGUGAAUGUGUUAGACUUGUUGGGUCUAAAGAUUCUGUUCCUGUAUCAAGUUUCUUGGAAUACUGCUUGAAGCAAUCCAGAUCAGAGGCUGAAAUGCUGCUGAUAGAGAAUCUUGGAUCAUUUGAUCCUGAUCACGAGUUCAUUGACAAAUUCCUCAACUGCAAAGACAUGUUAGGGGCAGAUGUUCUUGAAAUAGCCUUUCAAAGUCGGAACGAUUGGAAGACUGGUGGGAUUAGUGCCAACGACAUGACUUUUGACAAUGCAGGGGUUGGAGAUUAUGACCGUGAAGAUGGAUCCUCAAAAGGUGGGGGCAAGAAGAAAGGGAAAAAGGGGAAGAAGGUCAACCCUGCUGCUUUAGGAUUUAAUGUUGUCAGUAACCGGAUCAUGAUGGGUGAGAUUCAGAAUGUGGAAGAUUAG